AUGAAGAAAAGCGUUAAAGCUGCAUUGAUGCUGAUUCCACUGCUCGGUAUACCGAAUAUCAUGCAGACUAUUCCAUUCGCUCCAACUCGAGAUAACAUUACGAUUUUCGCCAUUUGGACGUACCUCGCAUCGUUCACGUACAUGUAUCAGGGUCUUAUGAUUACUAUCAUAUACUGCUUCACCAACAAGGAGGUGAACACUGUUUUGAAAACGUUCUACGACCGUUAUCGUCUGCAGCACACAAGUCAACACGAACUGCGCCGAGGCUCGCGCUCUAUUGCGUCUCAUUAUCAAGCCCGGAAUGGCCAGGUGACUGGAGUAAGUUCUCAAAACAUGGUAAUGGUAGACAUUUCGAACAUGAUGGAAGUGCUUCUGCGAAAAUGUCUGGACCCGGCAGGGUGGUUGAAAACUGAAUAG